GCUCGAGGAGAACACAACCAGCUACAUGGCGCUGUGGCCACUGCUACUGAUCACCCUGGGCCUAUGGAUCCUGGUGCGGAAGUGGGCACUGCUGCGAUUGGGCAGCAGUCUGCCGGGUCCGUGGGCAUUUCCACUCCUUGGCAAUGCUCAGAUGGUGGGAAAACUCCGACCGGAAUACAUCUUUCUCGUUUUCACAGAGCUGCGCGAUCGCUUCGGUGCCACCUAUCGCCUCUGGCUGGGCCCACAGCUCUGGGUGUUCCUCCAUUCGGCGGAGGAGACGCGCCAGGCGCUCCAUGAUCCCACGCUCCGCAAGGCGGACACCUUUCUGCAGCUGGAGCCGCUCAUCGGCAACGGUCUGCUGAUCAGCCAUGGUGCCCAUUGGACGCGGCAGCGUCGCCUCCUAACGCCCGCCUUUCAGCCCCAAUUGCUGCGCAGCUUUGCUCCGGCGAUUGGUGGGCAUGUGGAGCGCUUGGUCGGGCGACUGGCGGCCACCGGGGGAGAGUUCCUGGAGGUCACUGAUCCGCUCUUCGCCUGCCUCCUAGACGCCAUCGUGGACACCUCAAUGGGCGCCCAAUUGGGCACCCAGUCCGUGGAUCACUCGCCAAUCAUCCAGGCAUUCCAUCUGAGCAGCAAGCUCCUCUUCAAGCGCAUGAUCAAUCCGCUCCUCUCGUCCGACUGGAUCUUCCAACGCACGCAACUCUGGCGGGAUCUCGACGAGCAGCUACAGGUGAUCCACACCCUAAUGGAGUCGGUGAUCGAGAAGCGCGCCAAGGAGCUGCUGGAUAAGGAGGAACCCGCGGCGGGCAGAACCCACAAUCUCCUGGACACGCUUCUGUUGGCCAAAUUCGAGGGUCGAUCGCUGAGUCGGCGGGAAAUUCGCGAUGAGAUCAACACCUUUGUGUUUGCGGGAGUGGACACCACCACGGCCUCCAUGUCGUUUGUGUUGUACGCUCUAGCGAAGUUUCCCGAAACGCAGACGCGUCUGCGAGAGGAGCUGCAGAAUGUGGCGUUGGAUGAAACCAUGGAUCUGGACGUCCUCAACGGGCUGCCCUAUCUGGAGGCGCUGAUCAAGGAGGUGCUGCGCCUGUACACCAUUGUGCCCACCACUGGACGCCAGACCACGCAAUCCACCGAGAUUGGAGGACGCACCUACUGCGCCGGCGUCACACUGUGGAUAAACAUGUACGGAUUGGCGCACGACAAGGAAUACUAUCCGGAUCCGUAUGCCUUCAAGCCGGAACGUUGGUUGCCGGAGGAUGGCGCUUACGCCCCACCCGCCUUCAGCUACAUUCCCUUCUCUGGCGGACCACACGUCUGUAUCGGCAGGCGGUACUCCCUGCUGCUGAUGAAGUUGCUCACCGCCCGCCUUGUCAGGGAAUUCCAAAUGGAACUGAGGCCGGAGCAGACUCCGCUCAAGCUGCAGGCCCAAAUGGUUCUGAAAGCCCAGCAGGGCAUACAUGUGUCAUUUUUGAAACAAUAAAGAGGUCUUUUAAAAUCUCA